UAAUACCAAUCUCUACCAUGCCACUACCUCGACCUUUCCACAAAAGAAAUAUACUUCAUUAGUUGCAUAUCAAUAAUAUAUGAGAGGAAAGGACUUUCAAUAAAAUAAAUAAACAAUUGAUCUCACCAGGACCGUUCCCAACCGGGUCGAGACUUGGACAUGCCGUAACGUCCGUAAGGAAAACCAUAAUGUUGAGGGCGUUUGGCGUUUAUAAACGCGCAACAACCAACGUAGUAAAUUGCGAUGAGGAAGAGAACAAUGACGACGUUAACUAUAGAGAGUCAAUGCCAAUCACGUCGUAGUAAACUAAAGUAUAAUUUAUUUUAGAUAUUAUUUUUAUUUAAUUAGAAAAAGACAAACUAAUAUUUACCAAAACAAGUUACAAAAUUGAAACAAAGGGUGUGCUUCUUUUUUACAGUUUAAGAAAUUAUUAAUUUUUUAAAAAAUAUCUCACAGUUGGCUCUUUAAUGAACUCAGUUAAGAAUCCUCACAAAGAGUUUGUCCAAAAAAAAAAGAAUCCUCACAAAGAGAUUUAGGAAGAGACAAUUGUCAAUCAUGGCGUAGGUGCCUCGUAGGUAUCAAUGGUCUCAAACUAUUGAUACCGUAUAUAAUUGUUGUGCUUCAUUAAACUUUUGGUAAAGAUAGUCAGUCAGUCAUAAGAGCCAUGAUUUCUUUUGAUAAGUUACCUCUGCUAACUUUUUCGGUACUAGUUCUCAUUCUUGUCGCUGAGAGUCACAGAAAAAUACUAGCGGAAGACAAUGAAAAGGAGCUAGAGAGACUACUAAACUAUGUCAAUAAACCUGCAAUCAAAAGCUUCCAGACGGAACAUGGUGAUAUAUUGGAUUGCAUCGACAUUAACAAACAGCUAGCAUUUGAUCAUCCUAUGCUCAAGAUCCAUUCUGUUCAGUUGAGGCCUACAAGUACAUCUAAAUGGGCCGUAAACAAUUCAAAUAAUGGUGAUUCUCUUCCGUUUGGACAAGAUGGGAUAAGGUGUCCACUUGGUACAGUGGUUGUUAAGAGGAUCACACGUGAAGAUGUUAUACAAGCUCACCGUCUAAAAUCCAUGGGGUCCAAAUAUUCAAGAUAUGUUUCUUCAAAGCGCAAUAACAUCGACUUAACUGGUUAUCAUUUUGCCGUGGGUGAGUUCAAACAUGACAAUUAUGGAGGAAAGGCAAACCUUAACAUUUGGGAACCAGAAGUUUCACCCACUCAGAUCAGUUCUGCCAGUAUGCUUGUCGCCACAGGCACUUAUGAACGUUUUCAAAGCAUUAGAGCUGGAUGGAUAGUGUACCAGUGGCUAAACAAGAAUCACAGUCGCUUAUUCACCUACUGGACUGCAGAUGGAUUUACCAAGACAGGUUGCUUCAAUACAUUAUGCCCUGGUUUUGUCCAAGUGAGCACCAAAAUCCCGCUUGGCUACCUUCUUGAACCAGUUUCUACAUACGGUGGCAAACAAUAUGAAAUAGAAAUCAGCAUCUUUCAGGAUAGUAAAACAGGAGAUUGGUGGUUGGGGGUGUUCGAUGAAAAUGUUGGAUACUGGCCAAAAUCAUUGUUCACAGAAGUCGGUUUAGUGCAUGGAGCAAGUUUGAUAUCAUACGGAGGAGAAGUAUACAGUCCAGUGAAAGAGAAGAGCCCACACAUGGGAAGUGGGCAUUUACCCAACGAAGGUUACUUGAAGGCAGCCUAUGUGAAUGGUAUUGAAGUGGCUAAUGAAAUUGACGGCAGACUUUCAAAACCACCCAUUUCUAGUGUAAAGCCAUUCUCAAGCACCCCAAAUUGUUAUAGAGCAGAAACCAAAUCAGAUAGUAAAGUUCCGUAUGAUGCAAUCUUCUAUGGAGGACCAGGAGGUUGCUCAGUCUAGCCUUGUGUUUAAGAUCUUUCCUGGUUAAGUAUCUUACUGUGUUUCAGUUUAAAACUGGUUAAGAAUAAAUAAAAUGGAUAUUCGACUGUGUCUUGAAAACUU